UUUAUAAUUUUUAGGUUUUAAAAUCGUCAAAAGAUGCAUAUAAUGGCUAUAUUAGACCAUGGUAAAUGUUCAGUAUUACUGUUUCCUCACGAAUAUCAUAACUAAAACGAAAAUUUGCGAAUCUGAAACAACUUUUUUCAAUUUUGUCAAUUUACCAAAGCGUGAAAAGAUCCCUUUAAAUUUGUGAAACUACGAAGAUUGCUUAUAUAACGUAUAAAAUAUGCAUUCUAUGUAUGCUUGGAAGGAUAGCUCAGUUGGCUUAUGCGUUUUUACUUCAGGAUUCUGGGGGUCACUGGUUCGAGCCCUACUGCGGGCUACUUUUUUGUUCCUUUUUUAAAUUUUAUUUUUGAUUUUUUAAUGGAAUUUUUAAAAUUUAAUGUUUACAUUUAUCAAUAUAAAGCAUUAAAUGACAAACUUCAAAACAUGCCAAAAUCUGUGAAAAGGCCCCUUUAAAGGGGGCAUUGUCACGUUUUGGUAAAUUGACUCAAUUAAACAAAAUUGUUUCAUAUUCGCAUAUUGUCGUAGUUAUGAUAUGUGUGAGGAAACAGUAAAACUAAACACCAUAAACUAUAACCUGGCUUAGAAAAUAAAAAAUAUUUUGUACAAAAAUAGGCAUGUUUCAUCUGACAGGUAUCUGUAAAACAAGCAGACAUCAUCUCAUUCAAACUUUUAAUUGACAAGAAAUUUAAGAAAAUUGGCUAAAUUAUUACUCAAAUUAAAUAUUGUAAGUGCUGCAAUAGUGACAGUUAUGAACAGUUUAUGCGAAUCAAGUAUAUGCAUAAGUAUUCCUAACCUUGUUAAUACUAUUUAACAAACCUACUGUUCUGACAAGGAACUGUACUAUUGCAUUCUUGUCCAUACUGUUACCAUUAUCUAAUGAGCUUUCAUGUUCCUAACAUCUUAUUACAGAAGUAUAUAGAUGGCUGAAGGUGGAGUCGGACGUGAUGAAGGGUUCUCCAGACAAGCCCCGGUUCAGUGGGAAAAUGUCUCUGCUGAGACUUGCUCUGUACUGAGCUGGCUCGGUUACGGGCCGGAGAUCAUACAGGCUCGGAAAGACGCAUACAGGGAGAAUGAAAGGCUGUUCAAUGCAAAGUUUGGUAGGGCGGCAACGAAAAUUAUCACGGGCAGCAAGGCUGAGGGGCUGACCUCCUUCCUGGAAAGUGAUAGGGAUAACAUGUUAAUAAACAAUCGUGUGAUCUGUUUAGAAGAUGGCGUACAUGCUUAUAUCUAUCCUAGGGAGAUAACCGUUCUGAGAUCAUGCAACCGUAUGAGUUACCAUGGACACUGUAGACUGCUACUCGAGAGACGCGGUACAACAAUUGACUCGAAAGUAAACAAUGCGUUUUGUGAUGAUGGAUAUGGUCGAGAAAUUUUAAGCAGUGACUUAUUUGUUAAUAACGAUGUGUGGAACUUUAUAAAUCCGGAAGGCAUGGUGCGGCAUGAACGUGCUGGGCCGUCAAUGCCCGAAACAAUUCAAGGAGCAUUACACACCGAUAAAGUACAUGCAUUACGUUACUACUGCCCCAACAUCCUGUCUAAAUGGGCCACAAGACCACGCCACUGGCCGCCACCGGAAGCCGUUCAGAAAGUCUUAUCACUUGGAGCAUUUCUUACGCCUGUUGGAUUCAAAGGCAGUGAAUAUCAACAUGUUGAAUGGAGAGUGUGUUUUAACACCGGUGAGAUCGAACUGGUAAACAAUCUUAACGAGAUUCAAAUAAAAUUGUAUGUGUUAUUGAAAAUGGUGAAGAACGAUGUAUUAAAUCCACGUAAGAAAGAGGUCACAUCGUACACAUUGAAGAACAUUGUAUUAUGGAUAGCGGAAAAUAAUCAUCAGUCCUUGUUUCAUGAAAGAAGUCUGUUGCACUGGUUACAUGAGGGAUUGGAUGCGCUUAGGUUUGCGUUGGUAACUCGAGAGCUGCCAUAUUACAUGAUUCCAGAUAGGAAUCUGAUGGCAGCUUGUGAGCUUGAGGAGGCACAGCAGCGUACAUGGAUAUCAACGAUUUCAGAAAUGAUGAAUGAAGGUCCCAGGAUGAUAUUGAGACUUUCCAAGAUACGACAAGCCCUCAUAGGUCACCCUGAACCAUUCCGAUGGUACAACACGAGGAGAAUGGGGCUGGAGCUGCUACAUCUAAUUGAAAUGAACAGAUUGGUCGUCUGCACGGAUGAGAACUGGGUGUGUGAUGAGACAGACGUUAUCCUGCAGGCAUUGGAUAGACGCAAGAAAGAAAUUGUGAGGGAGGUUCGCCUGAGAAUGAUUAUGGAAGGGAGUCGAGUAAGCAGCUCCACAGGUGUUAAUGUCAGAAUGUUGAUGUAAAACGUUUGCAGCAAUCAGUUUUUGUUCAGUUAUUUGGCAUGGAUAUAACUCAUUUAUAAAUAUUGGGUACUUUCAUCGUUUGAAGUAUUAAAGAGCAAUUUCGGGAAUAAUAUGAUAAUAAAAUGAAUUCAGGUACUUAUUAUGUAUUUAGUAAUAAAUGUGUAUAGUCUUAAAGUAGAUUGCACAUGUUUGCAAAUUUGUUAGCAAACUGUUUUACAAAGUUAUAGUUGACAGUCGUCUUUAACCUUUUUCAGGACAAAAAUAAUAUUUGCAAAAUGAUUAUUUGAAAACGAUCGUCGAUAACAAUCUUGUUUAUCCCGUUGAUAAUAAACUGAUAUUUCUAUCGGCAAUACUGAAUUUAACAUAUUACUAUUGCCGUUAUCGAUGAAACUGUUUUCAUAUACAUGUUUGUAUUAUACUGUCUCUAAAAUUGCUAGGCAAAAAUUAUUGUUGAACCUAUUUAUAGCAUACAUGGUGUAGUUGGUUUGAGAUUGUGUUAAAUUGCAGUUGAAUAUAGUAUUGCUAAUGUUUUCUAUUGACAAAACACGUGAAGUUACAAGUGUUUGAUGCGAUUUAUGACGGAUAUUUAUUUUUUCAAUGAAAUACGUAUUUAUAUUUUAACUGAAGAUACGUGGAUAUAUACUAUUGUAUUGGUGUUUUUAUGUUGACAUAAUUAAAACCUGUUUAAGGUAUUAGUCGCUUAUGCGUUAACCAAUUGAUAUGCUCUGUGUGCCUAAGUUCUAUCACGUUAAACUUUGUCUCUGCGCAUGCUCGACAUCAACAACGAUUACUAAAAACUUGCUAUGGUAUUUAGACAAGGUAUUCAAAACUGUAUCCAAAUCUGCCAAAAAAUGAAAUAUAAACAAACAAAACGGUCGUAAACGGUUAAAAACUAUUACCCCGCAUGAUAUACGUCACUGAGAAGCACUCCUUAGUUCGACCAACUGUCUUCAUGACAUCACAAAUGUGGGCUCACAUGGGGUAGAUAAAUAGUUAUAUGGUCACACGAAUACUUAAGCUAGGAGCAAGACAGUCUAAUGUUGUUGUUUGUUUAGAAAAGAAAGGUUAUUCAUAUAUUUUGAAGAUUAUUGUAAUGUGUGUCUUAAAUAUUUAUUAAAAUUAACAACACCUGACAAUUAAGAAGGUAACAGAAAAGAACAUUAAACAUUCAUAAACACACAUUUGUUAAAUCACCAAACAUAUUUUCAUUAUAAUACGAUAUUUUUCCUAAACACAAUGUGGACAAAUGAAUGUCUCACCCCUUCUAAAAGCUAGUUUUUCGUGCAAUGGCGCUGCAGUGAAGAGCUUAAAUUUAACAAUAAACGUCUUACUUUGACGUCUAUUAUCUUAAAAUGUAAUGCGUCGAUCUAAUUUAUGAAUGCCCCCUUAUGAGCCCCCUUAACAAAGCGCUUAUGGUCAUAAUACAUUAAAUAGUUUUCCUAUAUAAUUCAAUGUAAAAGCGACAACUUAGAGCGAAAAUAAAUGCAUUAUUUUGCACAUAGAGACCCCCAUAACCAUACCUUUUCUUAAAGGCCAUUCUAAGCGGAAUCGAUUUAUGCAAUAAAAAAGAUAUGUCAUGUACAAUGCAAGAAAGAAAUUGACACAAAUCAAAAUCGACUGUUUUUGCAACUUUUUUUUUCGGCCGUUUCUUAGUGGAAUGUAACCUUUUCUAGUGCAAUGGUUUACAAUAGUCUCCGAGUGUAUCAUAUUUCAGGGACUCAGUAGUGAACACCUAUUCAUGCCCUACCAUUAUCUCCGCAAGAUAACACCCGAAUAAUGGUAAAAAGUGUAAAACAUGCCUUCCUGUCAACUAUGAUAUUUUUUUAGAGAGUACAGCCCUACAUGAAGCGAUCAUUUAGUGUAUUGUAACCUUAUUUACGGAGAAUUUUCUUACCUCCCCUGAAAACUGCAGCGUCUCUGGCAAUUUAGAAAAUAGUAUUUUGAUGGAUGUUUUAUGAAUUUAAUGGUGAUUUAAAAAAAUAUAAGCGCGAUAAAUGCAUGAAAAAUGAUGUAUCGAUAAUUGACCAGUCGCCAGCUGUCAAUCAAACUCACGAAAUAAUCAAUCAGAUUUCGUUUAUUGCGGGGACAUGGUCCGACAGACAAAGACUGUCGGAGUAAUGGAUAAAGCGUUUUAUAAAAACAGUGGGCGGAGCGAUCUCGUAUUUGGCGACUGGUCAAUUGACAUAAUUAAAGCUUUGAUAUUCAUAAAGACCUCUUUAAACCGCAUGUUUACGACAGGUUGAUGGAAUUACGACUUCUGUUAUGAGUUUUCGCAGGAAGGCUGGCGCGUGAUGUGAGUGCUGUUAUUCGAAAAAACGUCAUAAAAAAACUGAUCAAACUUAGGCACCUGAUCGAAAUUAGACACACAUUUUUUCUCACUUCUGCUGUAAGUGUAUGUAUGGUUGUGUUAGUUUUUCUUGUUUAAAGAGUUGUAACCGAAUCGCACGAGUGAUAGCUUAUUCAUUUGUAUAUAUAUUGUUACACUUUUGUAGCGUGUAGCUUCUGCUCUUAUUUGUGGUUAGGUUUCACUUACUGAUGAAUACAUUGUGUAUGUAUCUGUAAAUGUAUUGGUAAAUUUAGUUAAACAGUCGCCCUCAUUUAACUGAUGAUAACUAUUAACAUGUUUCAAACUAUCAUCCAUACAUGUCUUGAUAAAAUGUGUGCAUACAAUCACCGUUAAGAUUAUGAUUUCCGUAUUAGAACUGUAGCUUCUGCGCUUAUUGCGGUCAGGUUACACUUACUGAUGAAUACAUUGUGUAUGGUUCUGUGAAUGUAUUCAUAAAUUAAGCUAUGCUCCUAUCCAUACACGGAUGUAUUUGCAUUACAAAUGUGAUAACCGAAUACUAUAUUGCGUGAAGUAGAAUUAACAGACUCUCGGUUACAUUAAUUAUAAAUAAGACCUUCCCUAAUUUGGCGCUAAAAAAUCUGAAAAAGUAGCCCAAAAGGCAUGUUAUUAUAAAAGAUUCAUCAGAAUGUGUGACUUAUAUGAAAAUGAUUUUUCAAACUUUUAGUAGACAAUGUGGUAUUUAUAUAACCAAUUAGACAUUGAAAUAGCCAUUUGCUAUUUUAGCCAUUGGUAACGCUAACGUGGCCUUCCGAUUCCCUUGUCAGUUAAUUAAAACUUUCAUAAAACUAAAAUUUAAUAGAGAUAUAUUAGUUUUUUAACAUAUAAGAUAUAUUAUGUACACAAAAAAAUAGAUUUAAAAAGAUUAAUCAGCGUUGUUUGUGGCACAAUUGAGAAAAUAUCGGCACCGCACCAAUUGGGAAAUAUGACCUGAAAUAGGAGAAAUGGCGUUGUGAAAUGUUCAGAUUGGGAAUAAUGAGUCUUUUGAAUUGCCUGAAAUUUAUUUGCACAAACCCAUCUUCAUAUUUUUUCAAAUGGCUUAUUGCUGAUAUGUUCUGUUUCCGUGCUCAUUUUAUAUGUUCGCUUGCAGAUGAGCUUUAUGAGAUGAUGAGAUGGUAUGUUAUUAAAGAAAAACAAUUGCUGCAUAUAUAUAACAGGUUUCAAAAGGGUCGGGGGGGGGGGACAUUGAACAUAUAGUUAAUUUCUUUAUCGUUGAUACCGCAGACACCUUUUCUCAAUUAUAAAGUAUUUGGUACGAAAGAAAAACACAAUAACACCAGUUCCCAAUUUUGCCCUUGGUCUCAUUCCGAAACAUGUGAAGAAAACAUAAAUGUUUCUGCUUAUAAUGGAUUCUUUUGCUUGUCAGUUUCCUACUGGGACUAUAGAUUUUUCCAGGGUUCAUCCGUCUGUCCGUGUGUCAAUUGAAAUUUGAAUCCUGUGAUAACUCAAAAAGUAUGUACUAUAGGUUGAUGAAACAUAUGGUAUAUCGUUAGAGGGCCACAUUGGGAAUAAUCAUGUUGUUACUGAUGUGAAACAAACAUUGAUGAUAUGGUAAUAAACCAACUUAAAUUUCAA